AUGUCUGUCAUCUACAAGCGCACCGAGCGCGAGCGCGAGCGCGACUGGGACACGCAGUCCCAGGGCGGUGCCCGCAGCUAUACCACGGUCCGGCGCUACAAAGUGCCCGAGUACAGCCUGGAGGAGGACACCUACGAGCAGGAGAUGCGCCUAGUCCGCCGACCCCGCGGAGAGUACGAAGAGCGCCGCGAUGUCAGGAAGGAGCUCAUUGUAGAACGCGACCAGCCCGCCCGCAGCGAGGUCCGCGAAUACCGCUACUCAGACCGCUCGCCGUCGCCGCCCCGUCGAGAAGUCCGCGAGUACCGCAUCGAGCGCGAGAUGGACCGCUCGCCGUCCCCCGCCCGCUCCAGUGCACGUGAGAUCCGCAUAUCACGCGAGUAUGAACGUGAUCUGCAGGAGCAGCGACAAGACUACCAACCGUACGAGCUUGAGAGGUACUCGCGCUCCACAGAGUUCUUCCGCCCUGAGCCUCCCCCACAGCAGGCCCCCCAGCCCAUCAUCAUCCGCAACGAGGCCCCACCUGCCCAGCAGCCCAUCAUUAUCCGGGAGGAGGUCCCGCAGCCCAUCAUCAUCCGAGAACGCAUCCAGGAGCCCGCCUACGAACUCGUUGAGCGUGCAGAGGUUUAUGAGGACAGACAGGUUGCCCGGCCCCGCGUCGACGAAGACUACUACUACGAGCGCCGCGUAAAGGAGGUAGAUCGAGGCGGCCGCAGAGACGAGCGAUACUUUGACGAACGCGAAUAUGGGCGAGAUCGUCGCGGCGAGCAGAACUACUACAGCGACGACGAUGCUGUGUAUGUUCACGAGGAAAAGGACACCUGGGGCCGUGAUGGCAGUCCAAACGGCAAACGCAGCGCCGCCGCAGGAGCCCUAGCUGGAGUGGCUGCUGGUCAGAUCAUCAGGCACCAUCGCAAGAGGAAGGGCGAAGAGCCUGGAGGCAACGUUGGCAACGCCCUUGGCUACGGAGCGCUCGGUGCUGUGGGCGCUGUAGCUUUGGACCGCUACAACAACCGCGACAGGUCUCGCUCCCUCUCCUCAGAUCGAGGCAGGCAAAGAAGGCACAGGAGCACAAGCCGCAACCGCAGCAAAUCCCGAGUAAAGGAAGUCGUUACACUGGCAGCUCUUGCAGGUGUUGGUCUUGCUGCUUACGCUGUAGGAAAACACAGCAAGGAGAAGAACGCCCCUGUCACCACUACCGUCGUCAAGGAACAUCGGAGUAGGUCCCGAAGACGGAGAGGAACUUCAAGGCGCGGAGAAAGCAGGUCAAGAUCUGUAACUGUUGUUGAAGAAGACGGCCGGGGUAGGUCUCGAAGCGCGAGUAAGCAUAUGGACCCCGAGCACCGAAACAAACGAGCAGCAUCGGUUGGCCUUGCCAGUGCUGCCGUAGCUGGCUUGCUCCAACGCAACCGGAGCAAAUCUCGAAAGCGCAAAGGAAAGCGCUCGCCCAGCCGUGUCCGUCAGGGGGUGCCCGUUGUCGCUGCUGGUGUUGCCGGCGCCGCCGUCACUGAAUUGUAUGAGAAGCACAAGGCUAAGAAAGAAGCCAGGGCACUCUCGCGAUCCAAGUCGCGGUCACGCUCAAGAUCAAGGUCGGUGCUCUCCCGCCUCACUGGGCGCAGCUCCAGUAGACCUAGAAGCACAAAGAGUGACCCUGUGCUAGUAGAGUACGGUGGUGAUCCGAUCUAUACCGAUCGUGAACGAAGUCGAUCACGCGGCGCGCGCGGUAGACGACGACGCGGCUCCUCUUCCUCCUCGGACAGUCGACGCGGGAGCCGAAGUCGAAGUAAGAGUCGCGCACGAUCGGUAGCGGAGACGGCGGCAGUUGCUAGUGUUGCUGGACUGGCUGCUCAUGAAGCAGCGAAGCGUCGUGAUCGUAAAAAGGCGGAGAAAGAGCGAGACCGGAGACAUGAAGAUGAGUCUGCCUAUAGCCAAGGCAGCUACAGUCCCGGUGGCCGCUACAGCCCUGGCCAGUACAGCGCUGGCCAGUAUAGCCCUGGUCAAUCUACUGCACGCCCCAAUGACUCCCACUACUUCCCGGAGACCAACUAUUUCCCUCCUCCACCAACAGCCCCUGUGGGGCACGUGGACGGUAACCUCCCUAACGCCCCUUACCCACCCUACAACCCGGCCGAUUACCCGCCACAGAACGGCCAUGGCCCACCGCCACCUGGAGGAGGCUACGUUCACGAAGACAUGAAUCCUGGAAACCCUUAUGCACGUCAAGAUCAGAACCACUACCACCAGGCGCGUCGCGGAGACGAGAAUGUGAGUGCUCCAGUCCCUAAAAACUCUGGCGCUGAGCACGUUACACCUGCUUCUUUGCGUGGUGGGUUUAGGCCUACCCAUGCAGCUGAUGACCGUACUGAUCGUGCAUCAGGUGUAAACCAAGCUCGCGAUGGGUCUCCACCGCUUGCGCCAAGCCCAGUCAGUACACACGAGAAAGGAGUGAAGUUCGAUCUCAAUCCGCAGGAGCAGGAGAUAUCACCUAAUCCCUCGCCUGAGCGUUCCGACGAGAACAGAGACCGGCAUAGCGAACGGAGAGAUGACACUGAUUCUGAUGACGAAAGACAUGGUCCUGAUCGGGAUAGAGAUCGAGACAGGGACCACCACAGGCGACGUCAUGCUGACGAACGCUUCAACGGCUCUCAGGGCUCGGGGCGCGAUCGCAAACGACACCGACGCGCCGAAUCCCCUGGAUCUGACACUGACUCGACCAUUGAACUUCCUGCCCGGUUUGACGAAAAGGGACGCAGGAAAGGCGACGAUCCAGCAGCGGACAAGCUGGAAAGUAUUCUACAGUCUUUGUUCCGGUAG